GGCUCCCGCCGGGGGCGGGGUGAGGGCGUCCGGCGGGCGCGGGCCUGCGGGCGCCCAUGGAGGGCUCCGAGGACGAGGAGACGGAGGCCGGCGGGCCGCUGCAACAGCUCGUCAAGCGGCAGCGCAGAGAGAAGCGCGAGCUGCAAGCAAAAAUUCAAGGCAUGAAAAAUGCUGUUCCCAAGAAUGACAAAAAAAGGCGAAAACAGCUGGCUGAAGAAGUCGCCAAACUAGAGGCAGAACUUGAACAGAAGCACAAGGAGGAAUUAAAGCAGCUGAAAGAAGCUAUGCCUGAGCAGAAUAAGGUAUAUUCCUUAACUUCAGCUUAAGUUGUAUAGAUACAA